ACAUAUACAUUGGAAAAGACAAAUUAAUUAGAUAGACUUGGAGAUGGGUUUACAUGGGAAAUUGGUUGCAGCAAUAGAAUUCAAAGCUGGUGGUGAUGUGUUCCAUGAUUUCUUCAGACACACACCACAUGAUGUUCCAACAGCCACCCAAUAUGUGCAUGGGUGUGAUCUGAUUGAGGGUGAAUUUGGCCAUGCUGGUUCAAUCAUUUGCUGGACUUACACCCAUGAUGGUAAACAAAGGAAAGCAAAAGAACUAGUAGAGACCGUUGAUGAAGAGAAGAAACUGAUUGUGUUGAAGGUGCUUGAAGGAGACUUGUUGGAGCUUUACAAGAACUUCGUCAUUACAUCCCAUGUAGAGAAAAAGGGUAAUGAUAUUGAUUUGGUGACAUGGACUUUGGAAUAUGAGAUGCUUAAUGAAGAUGUGGAGCAUCCCAUUACAUUGCUCUCCUACUUCAUUGACAUCACCAAAGACAUGGAGUCUCACCUCGUUGCCAAAUCUUGAAUCUUGAAGGAGGUGUCACUCUUGUGUACUGGUUGCUUCUCUUAUGUGUAAUAUUUCAAGACUUUAUUGCUAUGGUUGUAUGUUGGUGUCUGUGUUCGAUAAUGUGGAGUGACCUUAUUAUUCAAAUAAAUGUGGCUUGGGCAUAA